AUGCCCAGUAACCGACAAAGUUCCCAACCACAUGCGAUACCUGAUUCUCGUCCUCUGAGCCCCCUCCAGCGAGCCAUGCCCAUGCACACCACGCCGCCGGACUCAGAACCGAAGCUCAACAUCCCCAGCCCGAUACCCGAGCGCCUCCCUCAGCAGCCGCCCGUGCUUCGCCCACACGGCCCUCGCAGCGCACCGCUCGUCCGGGCACCACGCCACGUGCCGGGCCUCGUCGUCGCCCACGACCGCCAGCGACUCCGGGUCGAGCAGCUUCGCCCACUCCCAGCAGACCGGCCCGCCGGCCACAGCGGCGUCCCGCCUGUACUCGAGCGUGACCCAGCCCUCCUCCCCGUCCCGGUCCCAGCUGUAGUGGCCGCCGCAGACGCGGCACCGGAGGUUGUGCGCGAGCUCGCCGCCCUCGAGGAACUGUCGUCGUCGUCGGUGCGAGCUCGGGAACACGAUGAGCUCGUGGGCGCAGCAGGGGACCCUUUGGCAGGCCACGCCGGCUGCGUGCGUCGUGGUGCUGGUGGUGGCGGUGGUGUUGGCGGGCGCUUCCUUGUCUGCCAGCGGCGGGCUGACGCAGCAGCAGUGGCUGUUUCCAAAGGGGCUGAGGAGGGUGCACUCGUCCUCGAGGACGUGCGGGCAGCGCAGCGCCCGUACGAGGUCCCUGUUCGGCGCCGUCCGCCAGAGCAGCCUCAGGCGCUCGAGGUCCGCUGCAGCAGGAACAGUUCCUCGGGGUGCAGGAAAAACAUGAUGUUGAGCAGCAUUUCGCGAGGCAGGUCCGUGAGUAGGCGUCGGUUCUCGGCGAUCUUUGCCCCCUUCUUUUCCUGCUCGUCCUUCUCAUCCUCUUGGCCAAUUCUGCUGAAGAGUGUUUUCACUCGCGGGAUCACUCGUUCAACCAUAGAGACAGAGACAUCUAUCGCAGCCUGCUUCGCAGGGCCCUUGGCGCCAGUCGUCACCGGCAGAGGCGGCUCUUGCGGCAGGUGGCGCAUGGAGAGAUCCGCCAUCCUCUUCUUUUGGGCCUCGAACAAGGCAGCAUCCCUAGCCAAGAACACUCUCAGAGAAGCUACAGAUCGCACCCAAUCAAUCUGCCGCGGCUCGCCGCUGGGAAAAUUGCUGGCCCGAGGCGUCUCCCUCCUGCAUCCGUCGUCGCUGGGAUCAUCACCCAUCGUCGUCGAAGGUUAUUGUUGA